GUUCAGUUGUAAAGUCAAAAUCGAGCGACUCGACUGAAAGUAACCUAAAUCACGCGUGUCGUGUUGUUGAUAGUAAAAGAAAGUUACUUCUGUUAUUUGUAACUAUGUCGGCUAACGAAGCAGAAGACCAGAUGGAGGCUAGUUCCUCUGGAAGUGAAGAUGAGGUUAUGGAAGGAGAGGAAGAGGACGAUGACCGUCCCAAGACUUAUCUCCCAGGACAACCUUUGAAGGAAGACGAGCGGCUAGUGUGUGACCAGUCGGCCUAUGUGAUGCUACACCAAGCUCAGACAGGCGCCCCUUGUCUAAGCUUCGACAUUGUUCCUGAUAAUCUUGGUAACGACAGGAAUGAGUACCCGAUGACCGCUUAUUUGGUUUCCGGCACUCAGGCUUCCAGUGCACAUUUAAAUAAUUUGUUAGUGAUCAAGAUGUCAAACUUGCACCAAACAUCGAAAGCUGAAGAUGAGGAAGAAUCUGAUGAAGAAGACGAUGAUGAUGAUGAGGAGGAGGAUGAAGAGAAAAAGCCACAAAUGACAUUCUCUUUCAUCAAGCACCAGGGCUGUGUCAAUAGAAUUAGGGCAACAAGUUUCAGAAAUUCAGUUCUAGCUGCAAGUUGGUCUGAAUUGGGCCGAGUAGAUAUUUGGAACAUAACACAACAAUUACAAGCAGUGGAUGACCCAACUCUGCUGGAACGCUACAACUUGGAUACUGUUAAUAAUCCUGUCAGACCUCUUUACUCAUUUAAUGGACACCAGCAAGAAGGAUUUGGAAUAGAUUGGUGUCCCACAGAACUUGGUGUGCUGGCAACUGGUGACUGCAGGAGAGAUAUACACAUUUGGAAGCCCAACCAGGCUGGGACUUGGGAAGUAGACCAGAGGCCUUUAGUGGGACACACUAGCUCUGUUGAAGAUAUACAGUGGUCACCUAAUGAGAGGAAUGUAGUAGCAUCCUGUUCUGUAGAUAAAUCAAUAAGAAUAUGGGACACAAGAGCAGCGCCUCACAAAGCCUGCAUGCUGGCAGUUGAGAAUGCUCAUCAAAGUGAUGUCAAUGUUAUUUCAUGGAAUAGUAAAGAGCCAUUCAUUGCAAGUGGUGGAGAUGAUGGAUUCCUUCACAUUUGGGAUUUAAGGCAAUUGGCAAGCAAAACCCCAGUGGGUACUUUCAAGCACCACACGGCGCCUAUUACCUCGGUUGAGUGGCACUGGACUGAACCAAGUGUUCUGGCAUCUAGUGGUGAAGACCAUCAAGUUGCUCUUUGGGACUUAGCUGUAGAGCGGGAUGAUGAUGAUGUGGUUGAUGAAGAAUUGAAGAAUCUACCACCCCAACUUCUAUUCAUCCAUCAAGGACAGAGUGAUAUAAAAGAAUUGCAUUGGCACAAACAAAUGCCAGGAGUCAUGGUAACAACAGCACACACUGGAUUUAAUAUAUUCAAAACUAUUAGUGUAUGAAUAAAACAAUAAAAUUUAA